CGACUUAACAUUUCUUCAUACUCAUCCUUUUUUCAAAUUUUUUAAAAUAAUUUUUAGAAGCUUAAAAAUGGAUAAAAUCAAAGCAUUCAUUAAAAAGAAAAAGGCAGACAAAAAUUUUAAAUUGGCUGGGCCUGGAUAUGUUUUAAAAGAUGACAAUACACAAUCAAGCAGUUCACCAAAACAUUCUCCUCCAAAACAAUCACAACAAGCUAAACCUCCUCCACGUCCCGAUGCUUCAACAAUAGCACAGGCAGCUGAGAGACGAAUGGCUAAAUCUGCACCGCAAUCAGAAUUGACUCCAAUGCAAAAAAUUAUUAAGAUGCAGGCAAAGAAGGAAUUGGAAGAAGAACAACGCAAGUUGACACAAGAGAUGAAGGGAACAAAAGUUGACGACACUUCUUCUAAAAUGCCAAAGGCUGUCAAUGAACAAUCUAGUGUUUUAUACACCUGUGAGCUUUUUGGUGAAGACGAGGCUUUGCCAAAAUCUGAGAUGCUGGAUGCAAUCGGUUCUUGCCUUUUUGAACAACUUCAGGAUGGUGAAGCCGAUCCUUUAUAUACAACUACCUGUAUUAUUCAUACUUUAAAUAAAGAAAAUGUUAAAAUCCCGGCAUUGGAUACAAUUCAACGUUAUUUACAAAAUAUUAUUGACAAUCCAAAUGAACAAAAAUUUAGAAGGAUUAAACUUUCUAAUAAAGUUUAUCAGGAAAAAGUAGCACCAUGUACUGGAGCGUUUGAAUUUUUGAUAGCAACUGGCUUUCGUAAAGAAGAAUCAGCGUCUGAACAUUUUCUAGUUUUGGAUAGUCUAAAUAUUGGGUCAAUUGAACAAUCAUUAACUGUUCUUUUUGAGGGAAAGGCUAUUGCUAUUAAAUUGUUUCGUGAUCGAAAGGUUUUUAUUAUCGAUCCAAACAAACCUUUGCCUGAAAUUCCAAUCCCUCCGGAUUUCUUUUCUCGUACGGCUGAUGAAAUUCUUCGUGAACAACAACAACGUACUGAAGCAUUGGAACGUAUGACAACAUUAAGAACACAAAAAAUGCGUGAAAUGGAUUCAAUUAAAGCAGCAGCUUCUUCAACUAUUUAUAAAUAUACUCUUAUUCGUGUUCGCUUUCCAAACAAUUAUUUAAUUCAGGCAAUUUUUAAUGUUCAUGAACGAUUCCAAUCACUCAGAGAAUUUGUGUUCAAAAAUUUAGCCUUAGAACAUGGCUCUUUCACUUUAACUUUUCCUUCAUCUUCAAAUAACAACGGAAUAGAUUUAGACAAAGAAAACUCUACAUUUUUGGAAUUGGGAUUUGUGCCGUCAGCUGUUCUAAAUUUUAAAUGGGAUGCAUCUACAUUGGAGGGACAUUCAAAUGAUUCAAUUCCUUAUCUUAAACAUGAGCUUGAACAAACUGCAAUUGCAUUGUGA